AUGCCGCAGAUGGAGGGGCCCGCUGAUCAGAUCGCCGCCGGCUGGUUCGCCGCAGAGCCGGCUGCCGAGCGGCCCGUGGGCCUGCCCAGGACCGGCUCGUCCAGUCGCCUCAACGCGCAGGCGCCGGAGUUCGUGCCGCGGGGGCCGCCGGCGCCGGCGCCGGCGGUUGUGGUGCCGCCUCCGCCUCAGGUGAUCCGCAUGUUCGCCGCGCCUCCCCCGCCUCCACGGUCUGCCUUCUUCGCCGCGCCGCCGCCCCGGCCGUUUGAGUACUACGCGCCUGUGGGGGGACGCAGCGGAUUUGCUGUCAAGGAGCAGCAGGCGCCGGAGCCUGAGCCGGAAGCGGAGAUGCUCCCGCCCGCCGCGGUGAAGGCGGAGCCGGUGGUGGAUGGGCUCGACAACGAGGUCCUGCACAAGAUCACGAAGCAGGUGGAAUACUAUUUUAGUGACAUCAACCUUGCAACUACAGAACAUUUGAUGAGAUUCAUUACCAAGGAUCCUGAGGGAUAUGUGCCAAUAUCAGUAAUUGCUGGUUUUAAGAAAGUAAAAGCUUCUGUGCAUAAUAAUGUGAUGCUUGCUGCGGCUCUCCGAACCUCAUCAAAACUUGUUGUAAGUGAUGAUGGUAAGAGAGUCAAACGGCAGGAGCCAUUUACAGAAUCUGAUUUGCAGGAGCUCCAGUCCCGGAUUGUUGUUGCAGAAAAUCUUCCUGGUGAUCCCUCCUACCAGAAUCUUAAGAAGAUAUUUUCAGCUGUUGGCAGUGUGAUUUCAAUCCGAACUUGCUAUCCUCAGACUCCAAAUGGCACUGGUCCUGCAACUAAUAGAUCUGCCAAGUUAGAUAUGCUUUUUGCUAACAAGCUGCAUGCUUUCGUGGAGUACGAAACUCCUGAGGAUGUUGAGAAGGCAAUUUUGGAGCUUAAUGAUGAGAAAAACUGGAGAAAUGGGCUUAGAGUUCGGUUGCUGAAUACUUGCACGGUGAAGGGGGCAGGCAAAGGAAAAAAGGGUGUGCAUGAAACUGAAGGAAAUGGUGAGGAGGAUGUCUCCACUUCGAACCAUUCAAACGAGAAACAGUUUGAAGAAUCCUCUCAACUGUUUAAUGUACUGCCGGAACACUUGUUUGAUGAGAACUUCAACAACAAGGAAAGCUUUUCAAUAACAAAUGCUUUGGGCUGUGUGCAGUUUGAUGAGAACUUCAACGACAAGGAAGUUCCCAAACGCGGCAAAGGGCGUGGCCGCGGUGGCAGAGGGCGCGGCCGCGGUGGCAACCAUCAAUAUAACAAUAACCACCACAAUAACCAGCAUCACCAGAACAACCAGCAGCACUACAAUAACCAUGGCAACAACCACCUUGGUGGGAACCGUGGCAGCCCCCACCCUGCUGGAACUCCGCCACAUAACCUGAUAACUAAGCCCGAGCAGCACCCACAGCUGCCGAUUGGGGCCAACAAGCUUCCACCAGGCCCCCGCAUGCCUGAUGGCACCCGGGGUUUCACCAUGGGCAGGGGGAAGCCACAAGCUGUGCUACCUGUUUUGUGUGCUGUUGGUGAGUCUUAA